ACCUUGUUUUGUACUGGAAUAAUUUGCAGACGGUUAACAAAAUGCCUGUAAGCCUCUGUGGUUCAUGGGACAUGGUGUGCAAUGUCAACUUUGAGGGAUACAUGACUGCUUUAGGGAUAAGUCUGUACACCCGCAAGAUCGCCCUGAAGCUAAAACAUCGUAAGGUGAUCGAGCAGGUGGGGGAUCGAUAUGUCGUCAAGACUCUCAGCACCAUCAGAAACUACACUUUCUCCUUCAGAGUCAAUGAGGAGUUUCAAGAGUUCACCAAGGGACUGGAUGACAGACACUGCAAGUCUCUGGUGGCAUGGGAGGGGAACAAGUUGGUGUGCAUUCAAAAAGGUGAGAAGAAGAACAGAGGUUGGGCACACUGGAUCGAGGACGACAAACUCCAUUUGGAGUUGCACUGUGAAGAUCAAGUCUGCAAACAAGUUUUCAAACGGGUUGUUUGAGGCCCUGCUGUGAUGUUUACUACAAGAAAAGGUGUACUGAUGUAAACAAAGCGGUUUACACUUUAAACUCACUUCAGAGUCAGAGGAAUAUGAGGCAAGAGGAAGAACCAUGAGCGUCAACUUGUGCCUCAAUACCUGACUAAUCAACUACAUUCAGCGAGAGGCUUGCAGACUGAGCCAGAGUGUCUAUGAGCGUGAUUUAUAGUGUCACUAGAGGGCGCCAUAAGACCAUGAACAAACAGAAGUCAGGUCAGCAGCAGCUUACCCACUGGUAACACUGUAUGUUGUCCAUAGUUGUGCCAACUUUGCCUAAUCAUGUUUACAUGUAAUACAAGAACCACAUUCACAGACAUUUAGCAAUGUGUAAUGCGCUUCAGUAUUUCUGCACCCCAGAAUCAUUAUUUCACCAGAAUAUGACUAAUUAAGGACCAUGCCUCUUUUUGAAUACUUAAAAAAACAGUUUGUAACUGGUUUAUUUAGUUUUAUUUUUUGCUGAUUUUUACUUUGUGUGUUUAUUUGCUAAUACUGGGUUGCAAUGUCUCUUUUAUAAGGAUUUACAAUCAACAAAUCAUUAUCAUCAUCUCUCUUUUUA